ACUCGUAGCUGUUAUAUCAGAAGGUGGGGAUGUCUGCGAGACAGGCAGGAAGGCUUCGCUGUGGCUUCCAGAGGCCCAGGACACCCCACACAUAACCAGUCCCCUGCCACACGUAGCUGCCCACUUCCCUAGAGGUUCGGCUCCUCUUACCGGCUUCACCUAAAGCCCUCCCCCCGCCCCAGGCGUCAGGUCCGCCGCCCCCGGCCCGAACCGCCUCUUGCCCUUCCUUCGCCUGGGCCGGAGCCCCCCGCAGCCACCUCCGGCUCCUCCUCCCGGCUCCCGCGGUCGGAAUCACGCCGGCGCGCCUCCAGCCUGCGGUCCCGCUGACUGCCUCCAGGGGCAGGCUGGAGGCACGCGCCACCCCUCCUCCCAAUCCUCUUAGCCUCAACCGCGGGCCGGGACGCUUUUUUUUUAACCACCUUGGCUGCAGGUCUCCUGUGCCCCGGGCUGUUGGGGGCGGGAGGGACCGUGUUUCCCUGUUCCCUGAGCCAAGGACACGCUGCGCCGGGCGACUCUGGUCUCUGCAGAUUUCCAGACUUUGCUCCCGCGCUUAGCACCCCUCGCUCAUCCACUGCGGGACAUAAAGUUUUACCCAGAGGCUGAGUUUUGUAGGGGGUUAUAGGGAGGCUCCUUGUCUGCACUCACAGCUGCGCUAAAGAGAAUUGGGGAGGGGCUGAAAGGGCAGGACUGGCCAGCAGCCUUGCCUUUGUUGGAAAGGGGAGGAGCCCUGAGCUUUGAGCCUAGACUGGCCGUCAGGAUGUCCCCUUUACGUUUCUGUUUGCAGACUGAAUCAGGGGCCCAGGUGGUGGUACGGCUGCCUGGCCCCUCCUUCCACAGUGGCAUUAACUCCCUCCCUUUACUGGUAAAAUUCCCAGUAGGACAUUUGGCAAAGGGGCCCUGCAAGGAGCUGCCAACCGGGCCUGGCCCUGUUUCCUGGGUUCCCAGGGUGCUGGCUUCUCCCCUACCCUGACUUCCUCUCUCACCUUAGGGCCCCAAGUGAAGGAACCAUCCCUCCCGUCUCUUCUUCCUCAGGCGGGUUGGGACUUGCAAAGCGAUCUAACAAGCAGAGGAGGAAAAUAACAACAGAAUAACUGUAAGGGGAAGGAAUGAGUAAUAAAGCCGACCCAGGCAGGGAGGAGGGCUUUCAUGUUUAAGAGACGCUAUUUGCUUUUUAGGUCACAGGCUGCAAAACAGGCUUUGAUCCGAAGUGGGCGAAUAAUUUAUUGAGAAAGUUUGCAUGGUGGGGGAAAAAAGGGGAUGUUUGUUUGAUCUGGAGUCCUCUGCGUUGUCCCAAGUGCUGUUGGGUGUUUGGAGUGGAAAAGCAUUUGGUUCUACAGCAAAUCCCUCACAGAGGGAAGUCCUUGCCCCAGGCAGCAAGCCUUGCACUGAAUGUUGAUUUUGAAACUGUUUGGCCAAAGGUCUCUCUAGCACUUUUGGAGAUGAAGUGUUUAAGGACAAAGUUGUUUGGACUUGGGAUGCAGCAAUGUUUCCAGAACAUUUCCCAUCCAGCAUGCUUUUCCUUUGCCUAAAUUGCUUGGCUAAAUGGCCAGUAACACUAAUCCAAGAGAGCUUCCACUUGGCUUUCAUUGGCAGGUGAGGUGGGACUGCUGGUCCCAGCCCCCAGGGUGCACCCCAGAAUUUUGAGAGUAGGCCUUUGACACUGACUACCACAUCUUUGAGGUAGCACUGGUGGGGGGGGGGGGUGGCGAGCAGGGUGUUCUGGCUAACUGGAGUUGCUGGUGACAGGGAGGAGGUUAUCUUAUACCCAAGACCCGGUUCAGUGACUUCCAGUCCAAAUUCUUCACAACUCAUUUAGCAAGCUCUUCACAGACCUCAUAGUUAGUUCUACCUUUAGGUGCUCCAGGGCAAGGUCAGGAUUGUGGGGAGGAGUUACCCCUGGCCUGCUUUGUCUUCCAUCCACAUAAGACCCUGACUGUGUGGCUCAAAGUUUAGGAACCCAGAAAGGUUCUCAGAUAACCCAUAGGAAUCUGGAGUACCCCAGCCACACUCUGGGCUACAACAGGCCUGAGUACCAUCGGGAGGUGGCGGGGUGGGGAGGGGGCAGGGUACACCACCUGGUGACAGAUAACCUGAAUUUGAAUGCUAUAGCUGUGCAGUCACCAGCUGUGACAGUUGCUUUGUUCCUCACUUUCUUCAUCUGCAAGUGGGGUUAAUAACAGUCCCUACCCCAUGAUUGGUAUAUGGAUUGAGCAAUAUAUUGCAUAAUGAAGAUUAAACCCAAAGCCAGGCAUGUGGCUAGGCCAGAGAGCCAGCUCCCUUCCCUGAAGAAGGGCUCGGAAGGACCUUGCAGUGGCCAAUGGGCAGCCAUCUAUGGGAGCGAGCGGACUGAGCUCUGCCCUCUCUGAGGUGGAGGGUAGGGUGAGAAGGUGCAGAAGGACAAAGUAGACAAAGCCCCUUUCAUUCUUCCAGGAUCCCCUAGAUGGAAGAGAAGAGGCGAAAAUACUCCAUCAGCAGCGACAACUCUGACACCACUGACAGUAAGGCCUUCCAUUUGGGGCUCCUACAAGGAAAGCAUUUGAGUCACGCUACAUCUGCUUCACGAUGCUCCAAACUGCCCAGCAGCACCAAGUCGGGCUGGCCCCGGCAGAACGAAAAGAAGCCCUCAGAGGUCUUCCGGACAGACUUGAUCACAGCCAUGAAGAUCCCAGACUCCUGCCAGCUCAGCCCGGAUGACUACUACAUCCUAGCGGACCCAUGGCGACAGGAAUGGGAGAAGGGUGUGCAGGUGCCCGCUGGGGCAGAGGCCAUUCCAGAGCCCGUAGUGAGGAUCCUCCCGCCGCUGGAAGGCCCCCCUACCCAGGUGUCCCCUAGCUGCUCUGAACUUGGCGAGGGCUCCCAGCCUGAUUGGCCUGGGGGUAGCCGCUAUGACCUGGACGAGAUUGAUGCCUACUGGCUGGAGCUCAUCAACUCGGAGCUCAAGGAGAUGGAGAGGCCAGAGCUGGACGAGCUGACACUGGAGCGAGUGCUAGAGGAGCUGGAGACCCUGUGCCACCAGAAUAUGGUACGGGCCAUCGAGACUCAGGAGGGGCUGGGCAUCGAGUAUGAUGAAGACGUUGUCUGUGACGUGUGCCGUUCUCCGGAGGGCGAAGAUGGCAACGAGAUGGUCUUCUGUGACAAAUGCAACGUCUGCGUGCACCAGGCAUGCUAUGGGAUCCUCAAGGUGCCCACGGGCAGCUGGCUGUGCCGGACAUGUGCCCUGGGUGUCCAGCCAAAGUGCCUGCUCUGCCCCAAGCGAGGAGGAGCCUUGAAGCCCACCAGAAGCGGGACCAAGUGGGUGCACGUCAGCUGCGCUCUGUGGAUUCCUGAGGUCAGCAUUGGGUGCCCAGAGAAGAUGGAGCCCAUCACCAAGAUCUCACAUAUCCCCGCCAGCCGCUGGGCUCUGUCCUGCAACCUUUGCAAGGAGUGCACGGGCACCUGCAUCCAGUGUUCCAUGCCUUCCUGCGUCACAGCGUUCCACGUCACAUGCGCCUUUGACCAUGGCCUGGAAAUGCGGACUAUCUUAGCAGACAACGACGAGGUCAAAUUCAAGUCGUUCUGCCAGGAGCACAGUGAUGGGGGCCCUAGGGGGGAGCCCACUUCCGACCCCGCAGAGCCCAGCCCGGCUGGCGAGGACCUGGAGAAGGUGACCGUGCGCAAACAGCGGCUACAGCAACUGGAGGAAGACUUCUACGAGCUGGUGGAGCCGGCCGAGGUGGCUGAGCGGCUGGAGCUGGCUGAGGCGCUGGUGGACUUCAUCUACCAGUACUGGAAGCUGAAGAGGAAAGCCAACGCCAACCAGCCGCUACUGACCCCCAAGACCGACGAGGUGGACAACCUGGCCCAGCAGGAGCAGGAUGUCCUCUACCGCCGCCUCAAGCUCUUCACACACCUGAGGCAGGACUUGGAGAGGGUUAGAAAUCUGUGCUACAUGGUGACGAGGCGCGAGAGGACGAAGCACGCCAUCUGCAAACUCCAGGAGCAGAUAUUCCACCUGCAGAUGAAACUGAUUGAACAGGACCUGUGUCGAGAGGGGUCUGGGAGGAGAGCAAAGGGCAAGAAGAGCGACUCGAAAAGGAAAGGCCGCGAGGGCCCAAAGGGCAGCCCCGAGAAGAAAGAGAAAGUGAAAGCGGGGCCUGACUCAGUCCUGGGGCAGCUGGGCCUGUCCACCUCUUUCCCCAUCGAUGGCACCUUCUUCAACAGCUGGCUGGCUCAGUCAGUACAGAUCACGGCAGAAAACAUGGCCAUGAGCGAGUGGUCACUGAACCAUGGGCACCGUGAAGACCCCGCUCCCGGGCUGCUGUCAGAGGAGCUGCUGCAAGACGAGGAGACACUGCUGAGCUUCAUGCGGGACCCAUCACUGCGCCCCGGGGACCCUGCCAGGAAAGCCCGGGGCCGCACCCGCCUGCCUGCCAAGAAGAAGCCACCACAGGAUGGGCCUGGCUCACGGACGAUUCCAGACAAAUCCCCCAAGAAGCCCUGGGGCCAGGAUGCGGGCUCCGGCAAGGGGGGGCAAGGGCCAGUGGCCCGGAAAGCAACGCGGCGAACGCCUUCCCACCUGCCAUCUAGCCCUGCAGCUGGGGACUGUCCCAUCCCAGCAGCCCCCGAGAGCCCCCCUCUGGCCCCCGAGACCCCGGACGAGGCCGUCCCAAUGGCUGCCGACUCGAAUGUCCAAGUGCCUGGCCCUCCAGUGAGCCCCAAGCCCUUGGGCCGGCUCCGGCUGCCCCGCGAAAACAAGGGAACCCGGAGAUCGCCAGGUGCCAGGCCUGAUGCUGGGACCGGACCGCCCUCUGCUGUGGCCGAGAGGCCCAAGGUCAGCUUACACUUUGACACUGAGACUGAUGGCUACUUCUCUGAUGGGGAGAUGAGUGACUCAGAUGUGGAAGCUGAGGACAGUGGGGUGCAGCAGGCUCCCCGGGAAGCAGGGGCUGAGGAGGUGGUCCGCAUGGGGGUACUGGCCUCCUAAGUCACCCCUACCCCAUCCCGGGCCCUGCCCUGGUCCUCCCAUGAGGCCUCAGCCCAGUCACAACUGCCAUUUCCUAUCUCUGCUGAGUGUCUCAGACCCUUGAGACUGCCACUCUGUUGUGGUUUUAUUUUUAAUAUAGAGAGAGUUUUGAAUUCCACACUGUUGUCUUUCCUCUGUGCUGGCCUAGGACAGUAGGAUUCCUUCCACGGCUCUGGCCGCAAGGACCAUCGCAGGUCCUGGGCACUGUCCUUGCCUUGGCAGCGCCCCGCCCCGGCCCGCACGGCCUAGGCGGGCUCCUGGCUGGAUGUAGGCAAGGUGAGGAAGAGCCCAGGACUCACAGCCCGCUGCCACUGGGUGACACAGACCGUCGUUUGGGCAUUAUUUCAUGGCAGAUGGGCCAGCCCAGGGCCUGCCCCGCCUUGUCCCCAAAUCCUACUGGGGUCCAUUUGGGGGGUCCUGCUGCACUCCACUGAUCCCCGAGGAAGUCUAAUAAGUGAUACCCAGCCAGAGUCUACUCACUGUCACAAGCACAACGAGCUUAUACAAGAAAGCACUGAGGGGGGCGCAGAGGGCCCGCUGGUUCCAGAGGAACCGCAGCUGUUCCUGAUCAACCCACAUCAUCUGAGGCCUGCCUGCCCACCCCGCGACCCUCUACUCCCUUGCUGCUCCACCCCUGCCAGUGCCCAGCCCGGCGGCUCGGAGAAAGGGUUCCUGGAACUCUUCCUGAGCUGUGCCAUUUACUCAGGGGACUCCCAAACAGCCAGCCGCCAGUGCCGGUGGAGGGCUGCAAGGGAGGGCCAGUGCCCAGACAGGGGCGUGGGGCUCAGACUCCCCCACUUAGAGAAUUGCUCUGGGGCUCCAACUUCCUUCCUUCCUUCGGGGCCAGUCUCGGCCCAAGUCUGGUCACUCCCAGACGACUGACCUGACCAGACCAGACCGUUUGCCUUUUCAAAUUUUCCAGUCCUGCUAAGAGACGAGCUUCUUCCUCAGUUUCCUUUUGGAAACUCCUCCUUCCAACAAGCAGUGGGAUCCCGGGGCCUGGGAUAGGGAUCAAGUCUUGCUGAAUGUUCCUGGUUCCUCUAUCCCUAUGAGCCGUGACCCCCUCUCCUGGCUAUGCCUUCCCUCCCCACCACCGACCCGCCUGCCACCUUUUCCGUUUCACCCUCUAGGUCCCAGGUAGUUGCUCUGAAGAGUUUCAGUGGAGAGGCCCCAGGGUGAUAGCUCAGGGAACAAACAAACAAGGAAUUCAGUGAAAACAUGGCUUUUUUUUCUUUCAUGAAUUACUCCUGGGUCACUUCCACCACUGGUGAAGCUAGAACUUCUCCAACAAGAACCUUGCAAAAGUCCAGUGAAUCAGUCGAAUCAUUCUAUGGAUGCCAAAGAAUAUUUUGACCAUAAUACAGCACAGCCUGGACCUGACAACUUGUCACUUGGACUUUUUUUUUUUCUUUUAAUGGAGUUCUUUAGCAACAAAGCGUAGAGAUGUGUUCAUUGCACACACCCAAGGAGACAAGCCCGAGCUCUUGGAAAAGGAUGCUGUUCUGCUGCUGCUCAACUGUUCAAAUUGGGAAGCGGGACUCAGCAUAGGAUUUCAGGUCCCGGGCUGGGUCCACCGUGAGCUUUCCCAAACUCAGACUCACAGAGGGGGCGAAGAAUCCUGACCGCAAAACCAGCAUGGCAAAAUUACCAUGUGGUUCCCCUGACACAGAUACACAACCUGCAAAUCAGUGGGAUGGGGAGCAGCUUGGCCACCCACCCCUGACUCCGGAACUUUCAAGGUACGACAGUGGCAUUGUCAUCGACACUCAGUUUCAUGGGAAUUUUAACAAAAUAGGAAGCAAAGAUAGGACUCCGUUCAGAAGAUCAGGCAAAUUGGUCCAGGUGGAAUGGACUCAGGACGGGCUUCCAGGAUUCUGGGCGUUGGGGUGGCACAAGGUACCAUGUAGAGUUGAGUCGGCCUGCCUCCUUGGCAGUCAUGGCCAGUGCAGUGUCCACACCGGCGCCCCAAUCCCCGUUCUCUGUUUACUGCCUUUGAACAGUCCUCCUUCCCCGUGCUCUGGGUCACAAUCUUGUCUGUACUGGAUUGCCCGGUCUGACCUCGCAGGAAGCCAGGGGACGAGCUUAAAGAACAACCAAAUGCUGCCAGGGGUGGGGGUGGGGUGUCAGGAAUGGCUCAGGCCCAGUAGACUCAGCUUCCCCCCUCACCCGUUCAUGUGUUCCGAGGCAGAGUCUGGGCUCCCUGGGGGCAGGAGAGAACUGGGCAGAGAAUGCAGCAUGUCUGGCCAGGGUCUGGUCUGGGUAGGCCAGGCAGGGGGCAGCCCGCUCUCUUUGGGGGGCCUCUGCCCAGGCCUCUUGAUGUUCUUCUGUGUCGGCUUUUGACUUUGGACUGGACUCUCCCUGGGGCCAUGUCCUGCACAGGGAUCUGUUCGGCCAGCUGGUGAGGAAAGUAGGGGGCCUUCACUCCCAGGCCAGGCCCUAGAGUUAUUCUUGCCGGGCAGCUGUCCACCUUUAGGGCACCCAGCAAGACUACACAGAGGUCAAGGAUGCUGGUCCCCACCACUGUCAUUUCCUCCAUUAGCCAUAGCCUCUUCACUUACUCUCUGGUCUACUGCUCACCAUGUGGACAGCUUUGCCACCCCUGGUGUUGAGCUUGAAAACAGGGAAGAAAGCAGGAGGCCUUUUGCAGGCCAUAGGCCGAGACAGAGCCCAUGCUUGACCACAUAUGUCCCCACUCACUGGCCCUCUUCUGGGAGGGAGAAGCUGCUCUGUUACUCAUUCUGUCAUUCCCCAUUUUCCCAGUCCGGGCUGCACAGCUCCACCUUCCCCCUUUUCACAGUGAGAAAAGGAUAAGUUGCAAGGAAAGUAUUUUUAUGGAUCAUAAAUGUAUUUUAAAGUGACUAAGGAGAAGAAAGGUAGAAGGCUUUAUUUUAUUAAAUGAGCUCUCUGACUUUGUGACAGUGUGUGGCAUUUGUAAUAUGAAGGUCUCGAUUUCCUUCGAGAAGCCCCUGAGGUUUCCACACGUGGGUGCCAGGCUAUAGGUGUGUGCGUCUGUACCAGGGCACAUCUCCUGUGUCCUUGUGCAUGCGUGUUUGUGUGUCAUGUAUGGGCACGUUGUGGGACUGACUGGGGCAAUUUCUAGAGAAUCACCUGUGUGCUACUAACAGACGUUGGCAGCAGCUGGACUUGGCAUUUCCUUGCUCAUGGCCAGAUGUGGCCAGCCUCUGCCCAUGCCCGGAGCUCUGCAGAAUGAUCCAGAUGCCUGUCACAAGGCCCUUGGGGAGGCCACUUCCCACACCCCUGGCCCAGCUGGCCACAUUGGCCAAAGAGCCAGGGCUGGAGUCUGGGACUUUUGGUUGUUCUUUAAGGCACUUCCUGCCACCUUGUCCCUCAGACACACAAAACACUCUGUGCUCCGCAAACGACUCGGGGUGGGGGGAUGAUAUGAAUGUCACAGGAGGCGACACCUUCUGUCCUUGUUUCAAAGAAAGUGAUGUGCCAUUUGUUAAUAUACAAGAGAAAUAUUGAAAAUAUAUUGAAAAGAGCAAUUUUAAAUUAUUUUUGGCUUAUGUUGCAAUAUUUAUUUUCUUGUAUUAGAAAAGAUUCCUUUGUAGAGAAAAAAUGUAUUUUUCAUUAACGCAAAGACCUAUUUCUCCUUUUUGUACAUUGUCCACGUUCGCUCCCCUUAACGAGCAAUAGAAUGUAUGGCCGCCUCGCCACGGCCAGUGCCCGCGUGCCCUGCAUGAUUCCGUGUUGCCGCUGCUGCGUAGCUCCCACUCCCAUCCUGUCCUGCUCACUCAUAGGGCUUUCUGGACCCGGGCUCCCACCAGGGCCAGUGUCUCAAGGAGCCCUUUGCACUCCUCGUGUGUUGGCAAACGCAGUUAAUAAAGCAAUGUUUUCUGUGC